AGAUCAGCAGCGCGCAGCAGCAAUGACUGACUUUCUGGAGGAGCGGCCAUUCGGCUCGCACUACACCAACGUCUACCUGUCCAUCUUUGCACUGUUCUGCUUCAAGCUCUUCGUCAAGAUCAGCUUGAACAUCCUCACACACUUCUACGUGGUCAAGGGGAACCGGAAGGAGGCGGCACGAAUCGCCGCAGAGUUCUACGAUUUCGGCCAAGGGCACAGCUCAUGGGCGGACAGAUCUCCACUCCAUGAAGCUGCAAGCCAGGGACGCCUUCUGGCCCUAAAGACCCUGCUCUCACAGGGUUACAAUGCAAACCUUGUCACCAUUGAUCAUGUGACUCCACUGCACGAGGCGUGUCUGGGCGAUCACGUGGCGUGUGCCAGAGCGCUCAUCGAGGCCGGAGCUAACGUCAAUGCUACCACCAUCGAUGGCGUGACCCCUCUAUUUAACGCCUGCUCUGCGGGCAGUUCUACGUGUACAGAGGUUCUACUGGAGCACGGUGCUAAUCUACAGCCUGAGCCAUGCCAACCCUCACCCAUCCACGAGGCCAGCAGUAAAGGAAGGACGGCGUGUGUGGAGGCUCUGAUAUCUUGGGGAGCAGAUGUGGAUUACGACAUUCCUCACUUAGGAACGCCACUUUACAUCGCCUGCGCCUCCCGAGAGCUCCAGUGCACACGCAAACUUCUAGAUGGAGGCGCUAACGUACAGAAGGGGCGAUUCCUGGACACUCCGCUUCACGCCGCCGCGCAGAAAGACUGCCCAGAGAUUGUGAAAGUGCUGCUGGAGUUCGGCGCCAACAUCAACGCUCGAAACCUGGAGCUGCAGAGGGCGGUGGAGACGGCGCCCCCUAGCAGCCUGGCAGAACGCAUGUUACUGCAUUAUGAAGUUAAUCCACGCUCUCUGAGUGAGCUGUGCAGGUUGUGUAUCAGAGAGUACCUGGGACGCACAAGGCUUCAUCUCAUCCCUCAGCUCAGACUGCCGCCUCUACUCCACAGAUUCCUGCAGCACAGAUAGACACCUGUCUGUCUCUCUCUCUCAGCCCAUCUCUCUCUUUCUUUCUCCCUCUCUUUCUCUCUCUCUUAGCCCAUCUGUUUCUCCCUUUUCUCCUUUUACCUGUCCACUGUCUCCGUCUGUCUCUCUCUCUCUAUCUUCCUCUCUCUCUCCACAUAUUAUAGUAGCCAUCUUUCUCUUUGUUUCUCUCUGUCUCUCUGUUUGUGCCUAUUUUACUGACUAUCUAUCCAUUCAUGCUGUCUUCAUCUCUCUUUCCAUCUGUCUCUCUUCUUCUUUUUCUGUGCCCAAGAGUCUCUCAUCUGUCUUUUUCACUCUCUUCCUUUACCUGUCUGUUUCUGUCUCUGUGUCUCUUUAUCAAUCUUUUUCUCUACCUGUCUCCUCAUUGUCUCUAUCCAUGUGCCUCAGUUUCCAAAUUUUCCCUUCUUGUCUCUAUUUGUUGCUCUAUCCAACUCUGUCUCACUAACCUGUUCCUGUCUGUCCAUUUGUUUCUCUCACUCCACCUGUCUGUGUUCCACCUUCCUCUGUUUUUCUCUUUCUCCAGUGUCAGUCUCUCAGUCUGUGAUAUUAUUUUAUAUUUUAUCUUCAUAUUUCUCUAUUUCCCCUCAAGUGCAUUUAUUGGCUUCUUUAUACAGUAACACAACUGAAUAAACUGCUUGCUCCUGAUUUAAAGAUGAUGUCUGUAAAAAUAUGUAAUUUGUUUAUUGUAUCAAAAUUCGUAACAUUGUUUAACAUCAGUCUGUGUUCGUUAGGAAGCAUCUCACACCACGUUCACACUAGCGGGUAAAAAAAAAGGUGGCCCUUUAUCUUCUAGAUUUUCUCUUUCUUUUACGAAGAUUGGCUUAAACAUGACGAGUCUAAAUGAUUAACUGUAAGACACUGUACUGUGUGUUAUGAAUUACUUUAAAAUCACAUUUUCCUUUCUUUUAUUUCUUGCUAGAAAGUUUUCACUCAGCCCUUUUGAAAGCGUUAGCUGUCUGAAUGUGUUGAGAUCAGCGACUCCCCUUUGCUCCUAAUGUGAACGUGGACCUUCUGAAAUCCAUAUUACAAAACACAACCGAAAAUGUCACACACACACACAGGCUUCAUCUGUCCUUCUGCUUAGUCAAUUAAUUAACUGUGAAUGUCAGUGUUGGAAAUGCCGAUUUCUUCGUUCUCACAUCUCAUACUGUUUGAUCUGGCGGUGUGUUCAUCCUGACAAGUGUGUAUCCUAAUCACAACUGUACAGUGUUUUACUGAAACAUCAGCAUGUAAACAAAUAAACAGAAAUA